UCUAAACCGUUAUCUGGCAACACUAUUUACAUAUAUAUCCAGCAACUAUUUAUUAAAAAUAAGCAACGACCUGUGACAACGAAUAACGAAUAGCUCAACGAAAUGGCAACGCGCGGCGGUCCUAUGGUCUCCGGCACCGAUGGAAACGAUUUCGAGUUCAGGCAGCGCGUAGCUGGCACAUAUCAAAUUAGUCUACUGAACAAGUCUCGCUUGAAGUACUGCAUUUUCUUUCACGCCCUGCUCUUCUUCGUAAUGCUGGCCAAGCUCACGUCGGACAUACUGGACCGGCUGGAUAUAUUUGUGCUGGAGAUCGAGGAACUGGAGAUACCGCCGCCGUUGUGGUGGGAGUACGUCUGGGCUGGUUCGUUGCUCACCUCAUUUUUGGGUCUGUCAGCGGCGCGUGGAAACAAGGUGCGCGAAAUGCAGAAAUACAUGAUUGCUAUCCUGGUGUUUGCGGUCCUGCCACUUUUCUACUGCUUUGCCUACUACUUUUCUGACGUUUGGGAGUUUGCCACGCUGGACAAGUCCGUGGAUUUGGAUGAGACUGAUAUUUUCGUGUGGCGUGGCUACCCGUACGGAGUGUUCUGGUAUGCAUUCUGCUUUGUAGGCUUCCAGGUGCAUGGAUUCACGCUGUACUUCGCCUACAAUCUAGUCAAGGCCUGGAAGGCCCGCACCGCCACACGAAAGUUCCAGUAGGAACCUUCGGCGGAGCUCCAGUCGCCGAGAGAAAUCCUAAUACUCGCCAAACUAUUAGACGUCAAGAAGCAAGGAGUAGCAAGGGUAGCAGAGAGAAGCUGUAGGGCUAGUUGUAAAUAAUUUGGAAAAACGAAACACGAAACUAACUCGAUACACUAGUGCACAAAAUGCGUAAUGAAACUAUGAUAAAAUUUUAAAUUAAAGUUAUGCAGCUGUUAAGGUAUCGCACAUUUUAGUCAUACAAGAAGAGAAAGCAUAUUGUCGGGACAAAACGAAGCGUCAACGUUAAAGUUAUUGUUAGUUGAAAGUUAAACCGUUCAAAAUAAUUAACUAGACUUAUCCAUAUACACCCAUAGACCUAUAUAUAUAUACACAUUCAUACACACGCAGCCUUGUGAGGUCAACUUAAGACAAGAAAGCAACUGAAGCCACCAAAUUUCCCCGAGUCGGAAUAAAAACAAAAACCAACCUAGAAAAUCACUUCAUUUUUGCUUACUUACAUUUCGACGUGCCUCGUGUUUGUUAGAAACGUUUUUUAUAUAUUUACACAUGAAUAUAUACACAUCUAUCAUCUAUGUUGUCUGCGGAUGAGUACUUCCUCGCUUAGUUUAUAGUUGGUUUUCUUUUUUACAUUUUUUUUUAUUGUUUUUCAUAAAGGUUUUAUUUUAAAUUUUUUUCAUUUUUGAAUGUUACUGAAAUUUUUUUGAUCGCACAGAAUCACUCUGUGUGCCGUCUUGUGUCGAAUUUUAUAGAAACUGCCCCCAAACUAUUUACAACUUUCUAUCACAUUUUACACAUAAAAAUCAAAUGCAAUUUGAGUGUUGGAGCAAAGUUCAUCUAUUUUCUAAUCGUCAAUAAUAUUGUGUAAUGACAAGCAAGUCGAAAAACUAAACUGAGAAUUGAAUUUAAAUGUAAUAAUGUUUUUUAAAUCGUAAUUUAUUAUUCGAAUUUUUAAGUAGUUUUUUAUAAAUCGAUCAAUAAAAAUACAUAUAUAUUUGUUCUUCUGAGUGGGUUAAAA